AACCUUUCGUCGUGUCUGUGCCUGUGCCUUGAUUGUGGGGCUUUGCGCUGCGGCCUUGAGAACGAUCAGUACGAGUAGAGCGACGAGCCUACUCCACUAUGAAGACGACCGGGACGAGGAGCAUUGUCGAGCAGCCCGUCCAGCCUCCUUCGCCGUCCACGCCUCCGCCACGCCCGAAAGCGCCUGCGACUGCUGCGUCCGAGUCUGUGUCUGUGUCUGCGUGUGUUCUUGAUGGGCGCAUGGCAUCGGCCAAAGCAUGAAAACGAUCCCCACGCUCUGUGCAACAAGCACCGGCAUUGGCCUGUCUGCCCUGGGCUUUGUGCUUGCCCGUCCCGACUACGACGACCCAAUCGACCGUCAACACAAACUCCCCAACAAGCUCGCUCGCCGCUCCGACUCGCAUAGGUCCUCUUCGCACCUCCACCCUCUUUCUAUCCCUUCCUCACGAGACCCGGCUCUCCCUCGACCGCGGUCCAAUUCCAGAGCAUCGUCGCUUGCUCCGCCAAAGAGUGACAUGACAUCGACGGCAACCUGCACGGUACAGACCGUCGACACCUACGCGGCCCCGUCCUCCUUCUGCCCUCCCUUUGGCUUUUCUGCUCGCCAGGCCCUCCGCUCUGCGAGCACACAACCGACCUCCACUCUCCAUCCGAGGAAUGCGCCGGACCAUGCCAGAACGGUCCUGAGAAAAAGAGACGGCCACACAAUGCCUCGCGGCGCAACCCCGUCCUUCAGAGAUGCUGCUGAGCCCUCACCUCCCGUAUCUCCCACCUUCGCUCCACACCAGACGCCGUCAUGGCUCAAGAGAUUUUCCUUUUCUUCGCGCGACUCGACGCAGUCUUCGAGUACCCGCCCAAAUUCUUCCGUCAUUUCUGUCGCUCCUUCAGCCUCGGGCUCCACUACCCCGAUGAUCCCCAGCCACACUCCACCCAUCAACACAGCCCCGAACAAACUUGUCAAACGAUCCACCUCCGUCACUACCAGCCACAAACGGAGUGCCACCCUGCAAGAAAGACGUACCAACAUCAUUCCGAAAGCUGAGAACGCUUUCAGACGCUCUCUUUAUGACCCCACGCCAGAGUCCAUGCCCGAUGUUCAAUGGCGUAACUACUUUGCUCCCGUGCAGGCUAUAGGACAGCCAGCAUCGACACGGCGUCGCGGCUCAUCAACUAGCAUUCCAAACCCUAUCAAGAGGGUGUAUGCGGACAGGAAAUAUCGGCCAGUCCUGGUGUCUGCCAAAGAAAAUAUCCAUACUGCUCCUAUUGAGUUUGUCAACCAUGUUGAGGAUGACUUUGGGCCUGUACCUGAUCCGAAUCUGGUGUCAAAUGUCGUGGUAGCCGACCGUUUUUAUUCCCCAUCUAAUCGGCCAUCCGCCCCUGAAACGAAUCGACUUUCGCGAGCGACUGUCGAUUUCCAAAGCACCUCUUUCGACUCGAGAAUAGAUGAGCGUAAAAGCAUCGAAGACGAAUUAGACAGGCAAGACGUCGCCGAAAUGUCGAGAAUCGAGUCAGCGUCGAGCUCCUUCUCCGUCAGCGACAUACUCCCCGCAGAACCACAAAUAUGGAAGCAACCACCCCCAAUCAAAGCAGCACCCGCCGCUAAAUAUCGCCGACCGGGUGCGCGAGCUCGUUCAAACACGCCCACAAGCAUGGGCAACAGGCAAAGCCUCUCUCAAGGUGAACCAUCUGAGGCGUUCGCGAAACGUCGUGACUUAGACAGCGUCACACAAACUGCAGAAUCGCCAUCCAUCAGCAGCCCAAUUACCGAAAUAGAUCUUAGACUACCAUCGCACGAAAAGCAAUCUGCUUCGACAGCAUUACCUAGUCGCGUCGGCGACUUAACUACACAGAGCGACGAUGGUAUUUCUCUCGACACAUCACCUUUAACUUCAUCGCCUUUUCAUCAAGCAGAACAAUUCACCGACGCUGUAUCAUAUCUGACCGGCUCAGAUAGCGACAUCCGGUCAGGCGACGAUGAGGGACUUGAUUCCCAAGGCGACACCAUUCAUGAUUCUGUCCGAACUCGAGCGCCAAAGUCAAGCCCUGGCAGGCGAGGCCCUUCGAUAGAAACAAUCUUCGGCGACUCGCCGCCAUUUCACAUUCAUGGCAAGCAUACCAUGCUUCGAGACUAUCUACAGACAGGCCCUCUGCACGACCAAGGGUAUUCACUCAAGCCAAGACACAGCAUUAUACACGAAGAGGACGCAGUUUCCACACCAGCUCGCUCUGCUCGAAAGCAAUCCUUGGCCAGUUCGCCAAUGCUUCACAUGAAGGACUCACCUGCACAGAUCAAUGUUCCAUCGUCGCCACCUACGAUGCCUUCUCUGUCCGACCUUCGCCAGCAUGCUGAACACUUUCCAGACAUUACCGAUGACGACGAUGAAGGAAGCUCGUGGUCCUUUGCUGAAGACGACGAUGAGCCUCAAGUCCCGGUCAAGAAUCGCUUUGCCCAUCUCGGUAUAACUCCAGACCUUUUAUCGCCUCUCGGACACGCCUCGAGUUCGGCCAACACGACUCCACAAAGACCAACUGUCAGAAGCACGGACAGAGACGCUCGCAGUAGUAUUUUCGACUGGUCAGAACAACAGCCUCUGGACAAAAGCCCGAAUGGCCGUUCACCUCCUCGCCCUAAGACUGUGCAUGGCAAGAAAGACGCCGAAACACGUGGUAGUAGGUCAGUCGGACGACGAGCCCCGAGCGGACUUCACACCCGCAGCCAAAGUGUACCAACUGCCCAGGAUGCUGACGGGAAACGGACUGGUACUAACAAAUUUGGCACCUGGGGCAUCGGCAGCAAGGGCGUGACCGAGGACUGGAAUGAGGAUUUCGACUUCGAGGAAGACGAGAGUGCCCCGGAAGAAAAGAGACUCGAUAGUGGUAUCUCGAUGUUCGUACCGAAAUCCAUCCGGGAUCAACAGACCAACGUGCUCGCCAACAUCGGCCUUCUUCGGGACUGGGGUCUAUUGAUUGAAGAGUUGAAGGAACACAAAACGCGAGCUGUAAUGCUGGAAGUCCUCAACGGGGGCAAUGAGAAGAUGUGGAACGAAGUCGACGCUAUGAUUGAUCUUGCGGAUCAGGAAUCUGACGAACAAACCCUCGCCCCGAGAAUAUCACCGCCGUCUUCGCCGUCCUUCAACUACGAUGCUUUCGAUGAGCCAGUCCCAGCACUGCCAUCAACAGAACACCUGAUGCCCGCUGUCUUGUUCGGCUUGCCUGAAUCUCCAGCAAAUGGAGAAUUCGACUUCUUUAGUGAUGAAGCCUCUGUCUCGCCCACUCGGACUGAUAACGGCAUCUUCGUCACACCUGCGACGCCUAGAAGGCCACGAAAGAACUCCGAGGCUGUCGCUCGUUCCGUCAUAGAAGCGCUGCAACAGAAGCGACUUUCCGAUGCUGGCCUGAAUCCUGGAGAGCGAGAUAAGGUUCACUUCGACACAGCCACACUGAAGCGAAUUAUCCCCUACGUACAAGAGCUCCGCGAUAGAGUCAAGAAGGUCAUCCGAGACGCAGAGGAUCUCCUCCCCAGCCCGAAAAGUAUCGGAGGCAGUAUAGGAUCACAUGGAAGCCGAUCGGUGCGCAGGAGGAUACGAGAAGCUCCUGAUUCACCAACCAUACACCGUCGAAGUCGCCGAUCGACGAAUGCUCUCGAUCGCACAACUUCGGAUGAACGGAUACACAGUCCCACAGAGGAGCUGAACGCCCGAUUACGUCUCAUGGCUAUGACAUAAAAAGAAGACGACCUGUGAUUUCUCUUUGGUCGUCAACAAUACACAGUUUACUUUGAUCAACCUACAGCACCAGGAUCAUAUUUGUUU